GUGUCGGUCGCGGCUGCGCGCGCAGGGCCUGAGCGGGCGCCGGAGGGAAGGGGAAGCGGCGGGUAAGGAGGGCCUGCGUCCCGGGUGCGUCCAUGACGGGGUUGGGGACUUCUGCUCUCUCCGGCUCUCAGGACCCCUGAAGACGAGAGGUAGGAGCAGAUUAUGUGUAACUGUCCUUUUAAUUAAUCUAUCAUCAUCAUGGCUAAUGAGGGCUGUCCGAAGGCUUAUGAUAGUCCUUUUUCAUCAGAUAAACAUGCCCAACUCAUCUUGGCCCAGAUCAAUAAAAUGAGAAAUGGACAGCAUUUUUGUGAUGUGCAGCUGCAAGUUGGGAAGGAAACUUUUAAAGUUCAUCGGCUGGUUUUGGCUGCCAGUAGUCCUUACUUUGCAGCUUUGUUCACUGGAGGAAUGAAAGAGUCCUCAAAAGAUGUUGUACAGAUUCUAGGAAUUGAACCUGGAAUCUUUCAGAUACUUCUAGAUUUCAUUUACACAGGUAUAGUGAACAUAGGUGUGAAUAAUGUCCAGGAGUUGAUUGUUGCAGCAGACAUGCUACAGUUGACUGAAGUUGUUAAUCUUUGCUGUGAAUUUCUGAAAGGCCAAAUUGAUCCACUGAACUGCAUUGGGAUCUUUCAGUUCUCUGAGCAAAUUGCCUGCCAUGACCUUUUGGAAUUCACAGAAAACUACAUUCAUGUCCAUUUUUUGGAGGUUCAUUGUGGGGAAGAGUUCCUGGCACUUACAAAAGAUCAACUGAUCAAAAUUUUGCGAAGUGAAGAGCUUAGCAUUGAGGAUGAAUACCAGGUCUUCUUAGCUGCAAUGCAAUGGAUUCUGAAAGAUCUGGGAAAGAGAAGAAAACAUGUGGUAGAAGUGCUAGACCCAAUUCGAUUCCCCUUAUUACCUCCUCAGAGGCUUUUAAAGUAUAUAGAAGGAAUAUCUGAUUUUAAUCUUCGUGUUGCAUUGCAAACACUUUUGAAAGAGUACUGUGAAAUAUGCAAAUCUCCCAAAGAGAACAAGUUUUGUAGUUUCCUGCAGACAUCUAAAGUUCGACCUCGGAAGAAAGCAAGAAAGUACCUAUAUGCAGUAGGUGGAUAUACUCGGUUGCAGGGGGGGCGUUGGAGUGAUAGCCGAGCCCUCAGCUGUGUAGAACGUUUUGACACCUUUAGCCAAUACUGGACCACUGUGUCUUCACUUCAUCAGGCUCGAUGUGGGCUGGGAGUAGCAGUUCUGGGAGGGAUGGUGUACGCUAUUGGAGGUGAAAAGGAUUCAAUGAUUUUUGACUGUACUGAAUGCUAUGAUCCAGUUACAAAACAGUGGACAACUGUAGCUUCAAUGAAUCAUCCCCGCUGUGGUUUAGGAGUGUGUGUGUGUUACGGGGCUAUCUAUGCUUUGGGUAAUUAUGCUAAUCUGAGCAAAAAUAUUCCAUUUCCAGGUUUAAUUUAUGUAGUUGGGGGUAUCAGCAAUGAAGGAAUAGAGCUUCGUUCUUUCGAAGUUUAUGAUCCACUUUCUAAGCGUUGGUCUCCACUUCCUCCAAUGGGAACCAGAAGAGCAUAUCUUGGGGUGGCUGCACUCAAUGACUGCAUCUAUUCUAUUGGAGGGUGGAAUGAGACACAAGAUGCUCUUCAUACUGUAGAAAAAUAUUCCUUUGAAGAGGAAAAGUGGGUUGAAGUUGCCUCAAUGAAAGUGCCAAGAGCAGGCAUGUGUGUUGUGGCAGUCAAUGGUCUUCUGUAUGUUUCUGGAGGUCGAUCUUCCAGCCAUGAUUUCUUGGCCCCAGGUACCUUGGACUCAGUCGAAGUUUAUAACCCUCAUUCAGAUACAUGGACAGAAAUUGGUAACAUGAUCACCAGUCGUUGUGAAGGGGGUGUUGCUGUACUAUGAAAUAUAAAGCAUGAGAGCACAAGGAACAUUUUGAAAAUGUAAGAUCUGAUCUUUUGCAAAGCAGACAUAUAUUUGGUGAUAGUAUCCUAAUUCUAUUGUGUUUUCCAUGUGUUUGGUAGAUAAAUGACAAAAUGAGUGAUUUUUCUAAAAAUUUUAUUGAAAAGGGAUAUGAAAUAUAUCCUAAAUUAACAAAGAGCUCACACAAAUUUGCCACACUUAUGAACAGUAGAAAUGCUGUUUAUGCUUUAGAAUUGUCCAUUUAAGCAUAUAGUUCUAUUUGUAAAAAUGACUUGCUAGAAGCUUCUUCAAAAAUAGCCCCUUUAAAGCUUCUCCAGUACAAGUUGUACCAGGACCUUUAUAUGAUGUAGGAAUAAUAUCAAUGAGACAGUUUAAAGAUUUCUAUACAUUCAUCAUUCAAUGCAGGGUGUACUUCUCCAUGGCCAUAGUUUGACCUACACAGAAGAGCCAAUAAAACAACUUCCUACUUUUAUUUGAUGCCAGUUUUCACUAGCCCCAGACUUUUUAUUGGCAGCAGAUAUACUAGGAGAGGGUGUGUUUUGUUUGUUGAUAGCAGCCUAAGAAAACUUCUGCUUGCUUAUAAUUUUUGUCUUGAUCCUGAGAGUGCAAGUAAGGAAUUAAUAGGAGGUUCUUAGUGACAGUCCUUGACUGUAAUAGGAUCUUAUAAUGGGUGAUAGAGCCCAGCAGGAAGCAUGCACCUAGAAAUUUCUUCCUUAUUUUCUAGAUAGUUACCAAAAGUAUCUGUUUGGCUUUAGGAGGAGGGAAUUUUAUUAGAUUAUCCAGCCUUGUGAAAUUUACGUAUACUUGGGCAAAGCUAAAUGUAACCAUACUAUAAAGCUGUUACCUGGCUUGAGGAAGCCUGAAUGCUAGGUACCUGUAUAAAACUGUUUAUAGACACUGACUCAUAAGUGUAAUUUGUAAGGCCCCCUUUAUCUAAAACUGCUUCUCAAAACUUAUUUUCUCCCUGAGAAGCAAUCAAAGGAUUGUUCUUUGUUUAGUUCUGAGACAAAGAUUCAUCAUGUGUAUGAUCCUUACUUUUAAGUUAUUUCUACUGGCCUGUUGGAGCCAUGUAUUAAAGGUCUUGCAUAAAUUAAGGUUUAACUAGUUGAUAUAAAGAUUUGAUUUCCCAUUUCUUUAAUAAGGUCCUUCAGUAUAUUAUUAUAAGCAAUAGCAACUUGUUUAGACAGAAAAACCUUUGGUUGCAUUAAUGACGUAGGUAGCACUCAUAUCCACAGUAUUUGGUUGGCUCACAAGGAUACUUUCUUUUAUAACUUAACCAUAUACAUAUAUUACGAAAAACUUAUGUAGUGUAGACAGAAAGCUCUGUGUCCCCUUCUCUAGGGUAUUCUGAAAGUCUGAAGGGUCACAGAUGCCUCGUAGAGAUCUGUAAGAUAUCAAAAAGUAUAAAGAUAAUUUGUAUACUAAGCUCUAACUCAUAUGCCUUUAAUAUUUCUAGUUACAGAGAAUCUGUAUUGAUUUGAAACAGAUUUACAAAAUACCCCUAUAAUUUAAUUCUCAUUAUUGUCUAGUACCAACUGAAAAUGGCACUGUGAAGGGAGGUGUUUUGCACUACUGUGGCAGAAAUAUAAUGUCAAGACAAUCAGUGUUUGGGUUUAACAGGUCCAGACGAUCCCUGAACAUAGGUUAACUGUAAAUAUGCUUAUUAUUUCUUUGGUAAUGACAGAUUGUUUUUUAAAAGAAUGUACUAAUAAAGUAUAUUGAUUCUUUUCUUUGUA